AGUUUUUGGAGCCAGUUUUUUUUCUCCGAUCGGCAAAACGACAAGGCGGCGCGCGGAAAGUUGGAUCCCGAAACCGCUAACAACUGAAUACAAUAAAUACCGCCGUGCAAAAAAAACAGAAACUAAGGCAUUUUGGUUCUCUCUUUUUCACGCUCUUAAAGCCGCUCUUGUUGUGGUGAAAAAAACGUCGACGCCAUCGCGAAGAGAACAACACAAAAAACAUAAACAAAUUCGGAUCAACGACGAUAUUAGUUUCAAUUUAGUUUAAUUUCACGGUGAAGAGGAAAAGAUAAUUUAAAAACCUCUGUUUUUGUUUCAUUCGCCGCCUUUUUCGUUGUUUUUGUUGUUUUUGCGGCGCGUCGCUUGACGUUUCUUGAUUGUGUGCUUGCGUGUAAGUGUGAGUACGUGCCUCUGUGUGCGUGCGUUAGUUUGAUUUAAAUAAAUUAUUAGUAAAAUUAGAAAAGCGAAAGAAAACGUCAGAAAAAAGAAAAAACGCAAUACAAAUAAAAUUGAAUAAAAAAUCAACAAGUCAAUUAGGGCGCCGAAACAAAAGUGAAACCCUUGAAAAGUGACACAAGAAAAGUGAAGUGCGGGUGAGCGAAGAGAAAAACAAGGAAAACCACGCACACGGGCGUGUUAACCACCAAUUAGCCGAACCGCACCACCAACGUCACGUGACAAUGAAGGAGUAAAGUAGGCGUCUCGUGCCCCACAAUCAUGUCGCUGCGGAGCAACAAGUUGCAGAGCCAACAGUCGACGGCCAGCAACGGCAGCAACAGCAGCAACAACAGCAACAGCGGCGGCAACAGCAGCGCGCCGCUGCAACAUCCGCCGAUGGCCUACCAGCAACAGCAGCAGCAGUUGCUGCAACAGCUGCAGCAGCAGCAGAAGUUCCAGGCGCAGCAGCGGGGCAACACCAGCCGCAACAACCUGGCCACCUUGGUGGCGGCCAUCAAUGGCCACGAUGGCCAAAACUCACCUGUCAGCGGUGGCUACCAAUUGUCGCCUGCCGCGGCUUCUAGGGUGGCCCAUGCCCCGCCCCACUCGCCUCUUGGUCCACCCUCCUACUCCGCCGCCACCGCGCAGUCCGCAUUCACAUACUACGGCCAGCAUCAGCCACAUCAGCUGCAAUUAAGCCACAAUUACCAGCAGCAGCAGCAACAGCAACAGCAGCAAUUGCAGUUGCAACAGCAGCAGCAACAGCAACAGCAGCAACUUCCACCGCCCGAUCUCACCGAUGGCAUCGAUCAUCCCUCCGCCCAGGCUGCCACGCCCCCCGACUCACCGAACGCCCAGUCGGGCGGACAAUCGGAGCUGGAGCAACAGCUCUGCGUGGUGGCCAAGAUGCAGAAGUCGGUGACCAUAACUGUCACUCCGCAGCGCAGCAACUCGAUGGACUUCCUCAACUUCGAGGAGAAGCGCCAGCUGAUCGCCUCGUCCUUGUCCUUGUCGGAUAUACUGCACAGCAGCAACGCCCAGCAGCAGCAGCAGGCGGUCAAGGAUGGCCUGGCCCUGAAUGGGGGGCAGUGCGCUAAGAAACAGAAUGGAGCUGCCAUACGCACAAAUAGUUUGGGAUCCGGAACCAGGACUCCGCCCUUGGAAAGAAAGAGCAAGUUGAGUGCCCUGGGAAGGUUCUUCAAGCCCUGGAAAUGGAGGCGGAAAAAGAAGAGCGAGAAGUUCGAGGCGGCCUCCAAAUCUCUGGAGCGAAAGAUUUCUGUGCGUGCCAAUCGUGAAGAGCUAGUGCAAAAGGGGAUUCUUAUGCCAGAGAGUCCCCUGGGCAAUAUUCCAGAACCAGGCGAGGAGUCGUAUUACAACAGCAGCAACAGUGGGGCCACCGCCAACGGCUCGCUGCUCAACUCAGCCGUCCACAACAAUUCCAUGAGCCAGGCCAACAAUUCCAUAAACGCCACCACCUACGGCACCGCCGGCAACCCGCUCAUCUCCGCCAGCCAGGGACUCCCCAACUCGAUCUCCGUGCAGCAGUUCAACGGACAGAACCCCCAGAAUUCCAUGGCCAAUGGCCUCGUGGGUGGCGGAGUAGGUGGCGGCGGCGACGGCUCCUCGGAUACGUCCUCGUUGAGCGGCGGAGUCCCGCACUCGCAGUCGGCGCCCCAGCAACUGGGCGUGGGUCAGCCCCCUCCACCGCUCACCCCCCUCGCCCAGCACCACCAGGCGUUGGCCCAGCAGCUGCAGCAGCGAUUCGCCAUCAGCAACAAUAACGAACCAAGAAAAGACAAGACUGAUGCACAACAACAACACGGAGGCAAUGGCACAAUAUCCACGCCCAAUAUCGAGCAGCCCACCUGCCAGGGCUCGAUGCUCCCGCCCCCAGGGGGCGGUGGCCUCCACCAGGCGGACGGGAGUGGCAAGAUGGAGCGCCCGAACACGCUCGCCGGCGCCAAUAAGCUGACCCGUCGCGGGGUCAACAUUUGCUACCACAACGAGCACAUGUAUGGCGAGGAUGGGAAAAUGGUGGGUGGUCCGCCGGGCAGCACCCCGCCCCCUUAUCCGGGCGGCAAGCUGCCGCCGGGCGUGAUGCUCAGCGAGCUGCCGGAGCCGCCGAUUCCGCUCUCGGAGAUCGGACCGAUCCCACCGCCCCCGAUGUUCUCCACACCGAGUCCCACGCUCAUCGCAGGACGACCGCACGGGCCAGGCGCCGUCAACGAUCAGGACUACCAGCAGGACUACGACUACGAUGAUCACGAUCCGGAUCAGGAUGAGCUCGACUCGGACGACGAGUAUGCUCCGUACGGUGGCAACCAUGUGCGCAUGAUGGACACGCAGCGCGUCGAGGAAAUUCCAGCCAAAGAGCCCAAACCAAAUGCAGUUCCUCUCAAGUCGGCGCUGAAGAAGAAGGGCGGCAUCCAGCCGGCCUCCGCCUCCACGCCGGUCACGCCCACCCAGGAGCACGGAGCGGGCAGCGCGGCCACGGCGGCGGCCAUGGCAAACAGUAACGGCGGCAUCGGCUCAAUGGCGGCAGCCGCCGCAGCAGCGGCCCAGCAGUCCGCCAGCCAGCGGCCCCUGGUCGUUCGCCAGGAUGCAGCGGGCAACAACUAUUCGCUCAAGCCAAUACUACGACCACGGAUUAGACUAUGCAGGCAGCAAAUGUUCAACAUCCAGUUGCCGUGCACCGUGGAGAACAAGGAGAACGCCCGGCCCUUUGUGAUACGCGAGAGCAGCAGCGACAGCGACGAGAGCGAUGGCCACAUCGUCUACCGGGACGAGGACAACGACAACACGCGGCUGGCCAAGUUGGCCCGCAAGGAGUCGCUCUCGCUGAAGCUGCAGCUCCGGCCGGACAAGCAGGACCUGAUCAACCGCAACAUCCUGCACCAGGUCAACGACAACGAGCUCAAGGAGUCCAAGGAGGCGAUCGGGGCCCGUCUCAUCCGCCGGCUGUCCAUGCGGCCCACGGCCGAGGAGCUCGUCGAGCGCAACAUCUUGAAAACUCAAUCACCCGCCGAGGAGAAAAAGCAGAAGGAGGAGAAGAAGUCGUAUUUGCUGCGCAAACUCAGCUUUCGGCCGACCGUCGAGGAGCUCAAGGAAAAGAAGAUCAUCCGGUUCAACGACUACAUCGAGGUCACCCAGGCCCACGAUUACGACAGACGGGCGGACAAGCCGUGGACAAGACUGACGCCGAAGGACAAGGCCGCCAUUCGCAAGGAGUUGAACGAGUUUAAGUCCUCCGAAAUGGCCGUCCACGAGGGCAGUCGGCAUUUGACGAGAUUCCAUAGGCCAUGACGAUUGCAAUGGCAGCAACUUUCCAACAAAUUACAACAACAACCCAAGCAACAAUUGUAUUUUAUGCAGCAUCAAAUUGUCAACAAAUGUUUAAAAGCAAAAAAUUAAGCCAACAAAAAGAAAGAAAUACUUUCAGCCCCAAAAAAACCGGCAAAGAAAUGCAAAUAAAAUAAAACGAAAAAAUACACAAAAAAAAAAGAGGAAGGAAACGUGAGAAAGCGAGGAAAUGAAAAAGGCCACAUUCAAAAACAUAAUUGAUAAUUUUAGGUUUCUGUUGAUCAUAGCGAGAGUGCCGCUCGGUUUUCUAAUUUUAAGUUCUUUAUGUUUCACUUUCUUUAUUUGUUAAUUGUGUGUAAAUAAAAUUCCUUUGAUAUCCAAGCCAAUUUCACAACGUAAAUCAAAAUAUCAAUUCGUCUUUUGUAGAAAUGUUAAGUCGCUUUUUGAGUCAAGGCAAUUAUGUAUUAUAUUAUAUAAAAUUAAACGAGGAGAAACACUAAAUGAUAUUCGAUUAAAUAAUUACAUUAAAGCAAAUAAACGGCUGAGAAAAAUUCAUUAAAGCUUAGGCAUUAAUUUACAUCUACUGUUGCUUUCCAUACAUUUUUAAUUUUUGAAUUAAGCCAACUAAACAACACAAAAUUCUAAACGAAAAAUUAUGUUUUACAUUUAUAAUUACUUUAUUGUAAAAAGCUUAAACGUAAACAAAACAACACAUUAAACUUAGAGCUACCACAUAUACGAUAAUACGGAAUAAUAAAUUCUAAUUUUUCGAAAGACAUGUUUACGAAAGAUAA